GGAAUGUCUUUACUAAUGUGCUCUUAUUCUACUGGAUUAAUUCUUGGACCAGGCAUCGGAGCAUUUUUGGCGUUUCCUGUGGAUAGCUACCCAAGUAUAUUUACAGGUUCAAUUUUUGCCAAAUUUCAAAUUCUUUUACCGCACCUUGUCGUCGUCUUCGCUCUACUGGUCGCCGUAUGUUUGACCGUUUAUAUUUUACCACGUGAUAGAAGCAUGACAAUUGAUGAAAAGACGAAACUUUUAACUUCAAACAAAUCGUCUGUCUGCAGUUCCGGAAAGAAAAACGAAAUUUUUGAUGUUGUGGAAAAUGAAAUAGUAGAAUAUAAAACCAGGUCCUGCUGUCGCGCAUGUGACUUUAAAAAUUCGCGACUUGGAAAUAUUUUGAGGUAAAGUUAUUGAUUAGACUUCUGCUUUUGUUAUAAAAUUUCCAUUAUAAGGAAAGCCGAUUUAGAAGUUUGAACUGAAGGUACCUUUUUGUUAUUCUUUCGCAACCAAAUA